UACAACGGAGUCAAAAUCUCGAAUGAAUCAUCGUCUUAUCUGUUGCUUAUGUGGACCAAAAACACGGAUAUAGACAACACUAAGUCACUAACCUUUGUCUAAUAUAACAUAAUAUUCGUCUUAUUGACGACCACGUUCAACAGUAAGCUGGCUCCCUUAAACUUGCCAAAGACUUUCAUUUGACACCGUCACACAACUUCCGCCAUUGUAUCGCAAGCCAACAUCGAUCAUGAACAUGUUCGAUGAACUGGGUAAGCAAACAGACCAGGUUGCUUCACUUAAAACCUUACCUGGUUCUCCUUUUCCUAUUAUUGUUGGUGAUUUGUUGGAGAAUUCUAAGCAUGACUGAUGAUAGAGGUCAAAACUUGACCCAUCUGUUUAGUACAGUAGUCAGUGAGACAGCCAUCACCAAUACUACUCCACACCAAGAUCUAGACAAUACUACUCUCCUUCCACAGAUGAGUGAUUUAAUGACUACAGCACUGGCUAAUGUGACUGGCAAUAUAUCGGAUUACCAGGACAAUACGACCAGACCAAUGGGGGAUCCCUGUGCCGCAGUCUCCACAGAGAAGAGCAUGGAAGGGACAGAGUUCUAUAUUGGACUGUCUCUUGCUAUCAGCUCAAGCUUAUUUAUAGGCAGCAGUUUUAUCUUUAAGAAAUUAGGACUCUUGAAAUUGGCCAAAACCCAGGGCACAAGAGCAGGUCAGGGAGGAUAUGGUUACCUGAAGGAGUGGCUAUGGUGGUCAGGCAUGAUAUUAAUGAUCACAGGGGAGUUUGCCAAUUUUGCUGCGUAUGCGUUUGCCCCUGCCACACUUGUUACCCCUCUGGGGGCACUCAGUGUCCUAGUGAGUGCGGUGCUGUCCUCACGGUUCCUGAACGAGAAACUGAACCUGCUUGGUAAGGUUGGCUGUACCUUGUGUGUGCUGGGGUCCACUGUCAUGGUCAUACACUCACCAAAGGAGCAGGAGGUCAACAGCAUGUCCUGUCUGCUGGACAAGAUUGAGGAACCAGGAUUCAUCAUAUACUGCAUAUUCAUCGUGUCACUUGCUAUCUUUGGAAUAUUUUUUCUGGCUCCACGCUACGCUCACAAAAACGUGUUUGUCUACAUCAUGAUCUGCUCCACACUUGGAUCGUUCACAGUGGCUGGCUGUAAGGGACUCGGGGUGGCACUGAAGCAGACGUUCAAUGGGGACAACCAGUUCACCAGUUGGUUGACAUGGAUUUUACUUGCUGUUGUUAUACUGUGUAUACUGAUACAGCUCAAUUAUCUCAACCGUGCAUUAGACCAAUUUAACACGUCUGUAGUCACACCUAUAUAUUAUGUGUUUUUCACCUCCUGUGUGAUUGUAGCUUCUCUGAUAUUGUUCAAGGAGUGGGGUGCCAUUUCAGCACAGGACAGUAUCGGUAAUCUCUGUGGAUUCCUGGUAAUUAUCGUGGGAAUAUUUUUACUACAAGCAUUUAAAGACAUGAAUAUAUCACUUUCAAACUUGACCACUAUGAAGCGAGAUGUGGAGUCGAGUAACAAUGGCGAUAUUGCCACGCCCGUGACAUUUGACGAGAAUUACACAGACUACCACGAUGAUGAACUUGGCUUGCUAGAUGAAGAUGCUGUGAGCAAUGUAAACAGUGACAUUCCACUUGAAACUGAUUAUAGGGAUGAUGUGGAGUUUAGAUAAUACUGUCUGCCCAAGGACAUCAACUAGUUUUAGCAAAAUUUGAAUGUUCUUUUUUCCAUUGUCAAACUAUUGCAUAAUGUGUGUUUUAUGAGUGAUAAAAAUCAGGCAGAGGUUUUAUUACCUCAUCUUAGCAAACUUAACCAGAGGUUCCUGUUGUGGCAAGGUGUUGGUGGUCCUAAGCUGCAAGUCAAAAGUUCCCUAAAAGCCUAAUUAGUCUUAAACAGAGGUAAAAGGAUUUGGAAAAACAUAUGUUGUAAAGCAUUGUUAGACAGACCAAGGAUGAUCAAUUUUGUGUAAUGAUAGAUGUGUUCUGUCACUCUUUCCGACCAAUUUAAAAGAAACUUUGGAAGGAUGGGUUAACAGAUUAAACCUGGCAAGAAGAAUCACCUUGCUAACCAAAAAUAUUUAUUGUUGAAUUGAUGGUUGUUGGUCCCUUGGGGGCUUGAUGUCGGGUUACAGUUUUAAUGAAAAUCCAGAUGUAGAUUGCAAAUCCUUAUUCCAGACUGAUCCAGGCUGGGGACUUGCUAUGAGUUACCCUUAGGAGCAGAGGAGUGGGACACAACUAAAAAAACAGUUAAAAAACCUAAAUAGAGAUUACAAAAAAGAAAGUUGAAAUUUGUUUUGACUGCUUUUGAAAUGUUCCCCAGUGAAUCUCCACCUUUUUGUUUGUACCUGUUAACAGUUAGGAGCUGGCUUAGGUAUAAACACAGCAUAAAGUGUCCUACACAUAAAUAUCACAGUAGUCAAACAUGUCAGAGGACUUCUUCUGAAGAGCUGAAACAUCUAGUCAUGAUGUUAGGCUGGUAUCUUCCUUCAAUGAAGCCCAACAAAAUAUGUGGACAAAAAUGACCUCAAUUACCUACUUUCAAGGCAUCAGGGUCAAAUUUGUUAAAAACUUCAAACAGCUGCUUCUGAAGAACUGCAAGGCUUGAUAUGAGGCUGGUAGCUUUCUGAGAGUGAUCCUGACAAAGUUUGGAAACAGAAAUGACCUUAUAGUCAAGGUCUUUGGGAUCAGAUGUGUCAAAAACUUUAAACAACUACCUCUGAAGAAUAGAAAUAUCUAGAGUACUGAUAUCAGGCUGGUAGAUUACUGGGAUGAACCCCAGAGGAAGCCAACCUCUUGCGCUUAGUCACAAAAGCGAGAUGAGUGGAUAAAAUUGUCCUUGGCCCACUUUAAAGGUCACUACAUUUGGAUUGUCAAACUUAUUAAAAUCUUCUGAAUGGCUAAAAGUCACAGGAUCAUGUUCACAGUGGUCACCUAUGUCAACAACGUGAUAUGUGGGAUCUGAAGGAAUGAACAAGACUGACCCUCUUUUACGAGCAGCUCAUGAAAAUAGCUUCAAUUCUUCCAACAAAGAUUCUUAAGGUGCAGUGUUAAAUAAUCAUUAGACACAGACCCAUAACGUGUAAGGCAAAUGUGACGUUUUUGAAUUCAAUAUUCAAUGUCACAGGGGUCAAAUGUCAAAACGUGCAAAUGACUUGAUCUAAAGAAAACAAAGGCCUAGAGUGAUGAUAUUUAAGUAUGAUUUGAGGGAUUUUAACUAAAUUUUGUGGAGAGUAUCCUUAGGCAAAGGGGACGCAAUUUUGUAUAAAUGGAGGAUUGCUUUUAGGGGGCAGAGGGGCAAGGCCCAAUUGGGGAAAUUGAUGUUAAUGUUUAGAAAGAAGAGACCUAUUGAGUGACAGCUGUUGCUGAGAGACAAGGCCAAUAUUUGGAAAUAGCAGUAUUACAUGUAAUAAGAAUAAUUUUCCAUGGUUGCUUUAUUAUCCAGGUGAGCGAUACCGGCCUCUUGUAAAUGAUUCCUUCUGAAUAGCCAGGAAUAGGUGAUUAUAUCUGCCAGCAGCAUGCUGGGAUGAAGGGCUUUCAAGAUUGCUCAAUGCCAUAGACCUACUUUCUAGGUCAUAGGGGUCCAGUGUGUUGAAAUCCUGAAGAAAGACUUCUCAAUAACCAAAAGUCACAGGGUGAUGAUACUUUGCCAGUAGCUUAAUUACUUGGAUUAAGGGCUACCACGUUUGUAUAACCAUAUAAGACUUUCAAGGCCACUGGGGUCAAAUUAGUUAAGAUAUUGUAAAAGAUUCAUUUGAAUAACCAAUAGUUAUAGGUGAGGAUAGUCAGCCUGUUACCAACAGUUAUAGGUGAGAAUAGUCAGCCGGUAACCAACAGUUAUAGGUGAGGAUAGUCAGCCUGUAACCAACAGUUAUAGGUUAGGAUAGUCAGCCUGUAACCAACAGUUAUAAGUGAGGAUAGUCAGCCGGUAACCAGCAGUUAUAGGUGAGGAUAGUCAGCCUGUAACCAACAGUUAUAGGUGAGGAUAGUCAGCCGGUAGCUUUAUUUGGUCCAUUUGAAUAAAUUUGACUUUGUUCCACUAAGACGGUUAAAAGUUUGAGAUUAAUGCAGAUGAGCGAUGUAGGCCCAUUUGGCAUCUGAUAUUUAUCUUGAUUAGAAUAUUUUAAACUUGCACUGCCAGCUUUAGUAUCUUAACACAUUCCUGGACCAAGGAGAUACAGCUACAAGUAAAGCUCAAAAUACUAUGAAAAAUAUUAUUUUAUCAAUUUUAUCAUCAUUUGGUGUAUAAGUAUCAUUAGUGAAGGUGAUUCAAUACAGUAAAAUAGGGGCAAAUAUAUGAAUAAUUACUCCCGAAGAUUUAUUUAUGCACAUCAGUGGAAACCAGUCCAGCUAAUGAGUUCAAUGGAGCUCUUGUUGUUAAGUGUUGAAUGAUUUGAAUUGUUUGUACAUCAGAAUUCACAACCAAGCGUUUCUACAGCGACUUGGUUUCCUUGUUUUGUGUAUAAAUUGAUGUUAUACAGCUGUUGUGCAAUGGUGCGAACAGAUCAAUUCUGUUACUUUACCAACAGUAAAACAGGUAAGCAGACAGAAGGCAAGUAUUUUUGUAAUCAAUUUUGUUCGUUAUAUAUAUGAAAGUAUAAAUUGUUUUAAGAAAUUAUUUUACAAUCUUGGAUGUAGAAGAUAAUUUAUUGUUGAUAUUUCAUACUUUGUACCUUAGAUUUCAUGUGUGAUACAGAUUCUCUGUCAGCCAUACCUGUUACAAUAUCAUAUAUCAUUGUACAUAACACGGUCUAUUUGAACAUAUCAAUCUUUCUACCAUAACCAUUAUUAGUUAGGAUAUUAAGGCUUUAUCACGAUAUUAUUAUUAUUAUACAUAAAUAUUAUAUAUUUUUUCAAAAUGUUUAACAAACUGAGUAUUUCAAAGAAAAAUUGUUUCUAAUAAUUAAAUAAUGAAAAUAUGUGAUAGUGUGGUGUACUUAAGUGUGCUAUACCUAGGUCUCAAAAGGAAUUAAAAUGAUUUGUGUAA